UCUUAAUUCCGGGUAUGGGGAGAGGGAGGAGUCUGGCACCAUCAUCGCACUGAAAGGCGCCGCACACGCUGAACACUUUCCAAAAUAUAGCUUGGGAAAUGGCCAUGGAUGCAAAGCAGCUCAUUAACAUUGAGACUUUUGAACUCUCGAGUCUGUGUCGACACUUCGCCACUUUCUCUAUGAAAAGCGCCCGAUGAGGUUCGUUGGUGCGUAAUCAUUCCAUUCCAUUGCAUGUGUGUAGCCUACCAGUGCCAAAUAACAGCGAUGCGCAGCCAGUGUCAGAUGCCCGAUAUACAGUCAUCUGCGUAAUGUUUUGACUAGUUUUAACCCUUGUAGGGUAUUGUGGUUUACUUUUUUGAUCAGGAAAAAUGUAUGAAUUAGUCUAUUAUUUCCCAUGAGAUCCACUGGUAAUGGCUACGUUUCUGUGAGAAACAUGAAAAUUACGUCCCCUCUUGCUUCCCCCUUUUGAAAAUUGUCCUCCUAAGGCAUUUACGCACAAGGAUCACAUUCCCGUCCAUUCAUAACAAAACUAUUUACAAGUGGCUACUUCAUAAGAAACGAAACUUGGCCCGCACAGUAAAGGAGAUAUUUGGUUUGCAACUAUCAGACUCCUCCCCUCUAUGCGAUCUCCUCCCAACUUCAGAAGAAACGAUAAUUUAGUGAGAGUUGUCUGAAGAAAAUGGCUGAAGCUCUACUCGAAGAUCAAGAUACAUUUCGUUGUUCUAUUUGUUUGGAUCCGUUGAGGGAUCCCGCCACCAUUCCAUGUGGUCACAGCUACUGCAUGAAGUGCAUCAGUGGUUUCUGGGACCAGAGAGGAGAGUGCAGCUGCCCUCAAUGCAGAGAGACGUUUACUACACGGCCUGUCCUGAAGAAAAACACCAUCCUAGCUGAACUGGUGGAGAAAAUGAAAAAGAUCAGUGAGUCAACUGCCUCUCCUACUCCUCCUGCUCAGUGUGCUGAAGUUGGGAAUGUGGAGUGUGACUUCUGCACAGAGACUAAACUGAAAGCUGUCAAGUCCUGUCUGGUGUGCCUGGUCUCUCUCUGUCAGACACACGUAGAGCCUCACAACAGCAUCCCUGCCUUGAAGAAUCACAAACUGGUUCAGGCCUCCAUGCAUCUAGAGGAGAAAAUCUGCUCUCAACACAACAAGCUGAUUGAGGUGUUUUGUCGUGUUGAUCAGGAGUGUAUCUGCAUGUUGUGUAGUAUGGAUAACCACAAGGGCCACGAUACAGUGUCAGCUGCAUCAGAACGUAAGGAGAAAGAGAAAGAGCUGGGGGAAACAAAAAUACAAUUUCUGGAGAGAAUCCAGAAGAGGGAGAAGGAACUGCAGCAGAUCCAGGAGACUCUGUCAUCUUACCAGCGUUCUGCUAAAGAGGCAGAGCAGCAGAGUGAGAAGAUCUUCACUGAGCUGCUGGAGUCUAUUGAGAGGAGACGCUCUGAGGUGAAAGAGCUGAUCAGAGCUCAGCAGAAGGCAGCGAUGAGAGACGCUGAAGAUGUUUUGGAGAAACUGGAGCAGGAGCUGGCUGAGUUGAGGAGAGGACAUGCUCAGUUGGAGAAGCUCUCACUUGAGGAAGACCACGUCCUUUACCUCCAGGUAGCUUUGCCAAUGGUAUGA